CAGUGAGUGUACGUCAGCUUCUUUGUAUGUACAUCAGCAAACGUGAGUGAGAUUACAUGUGCUUAGCUGUACAUGUCUAUAUAUUUGCAUCUGGUGCACAUAUCCAUCUUAUGAUCCCAUGAGAGCGUUACAUGCACAUCUGAGGGGGAACACACGUGUGCCCCCUGAACUGUGAACACAUGUGCUUAUGCGCAGCACGGAAGACCUGCAUGCUGAAACAUUGAUGGAGACCUUCCACUGUGACGCAACACAUCAUCAGUGACGCUUAAAGUGGGAUAAAUAUUUCAAUGACCUGGUGGAGUGGGGACAUAAGGAGUCAAGCUGGAGGGCACCCACAAAACAGUUUGGCUGCAGAGCUCCCAUUUGUCUCGUCAGCAUCGAGACACUUCUCCUCAAUUAAAAUUUAAUUCGUGUCAAGGCAGUUUUGAAGCCCUCAAGUUGGCUUGGUAACCUUGCAAAAACAUUACACCAAAACUCAAAUCAAAAUGCACCAACUGAGAUAAAACAUGCCCUGAAAUGUUUUGAUCUUAAAUAUACCAUAUUUAUUCCAAUCAGAGAAGAACUCACUGGGAAAAUAUAGGUCAACCUCAUUAUAUACAAAAACAGGAUUUGCUGCAGUUUAAAGAAAAAAAAAAACAAAACACAUAAAAAUAAGAAAUAUAUAUAAUAAGGCAUUCAAAUAUUUUUAAUGAGAGAAAAAAAAAUCUAAACAUAAGUCGGAUCUAGCGAGGACAACGCCUGCUGGGCUGGCUGAGGAAGGAUUUGGGGGUUUCACUGCUGCUGCAAUAUCUUGCUCCCUGUGUGGAUUCGGAACUCGGGGGUGUGAAUGAGCUGAGACUCACGGCUGGUUGGAGAGCCGGUGACAGACACUCCGGAUCUGACCCUCAAAACGCCGAGCAAUAACCUGACGGACACUCAGUCAAAGAGCUUAAAUUCCUCAGCAGCGUUUAUCCUGGAAAGUAACGGGAGCCUCCACCGGGAAGUGGCCAAACAAUGGACAAAAAGGGCUCGGUUUAUCGCUGAAUGUUCACGGAAGGGGACUGAUGUUUUGCAAAGACUGCUGCUGCACGGACCGAGCCGUGGAGCCACAAAGCGAAGAGAAUGACAGAAGAAGUGAAAGAGACGGCGCGCCACAAAGGAGGGCAAAGCAGGACGCGUGUGUGUGUGGAGAAGCAGUGCCCUAGAUCUGUGUAACAUCUGAGGUACUCUGUCAUUCAGGCUCCUUCCUAUGCUGUUUCGGGCAGCAGUAUCUCAACCCGCACCUGGAAAAACAAAGAGAAUGCUUUCAGUGGCAGCACAUCUCCAUGCGUAAAUGGACACGCAUCUGUGCGUAUUCGCUGUGCUUUUUCACUAUGAGUACAAUAAAUGAUGUUUGUUUUUACCACUAACUCAUGUCCUGUCCCAUGACCACACUGGUAUAGAUGUGUUAUAGACUUCCUCAUACUUCAUAUCUGCCAUGAGUGAUGGCGAUGCCUGUAGAAUCUGACGGUACCGGUGCGCAGAGCAGCACUCAUGAAAAAAGCUUCAGCGCACCGGAUCGCAAUGGUUAUGUGAAAACAUGUGUCAUCCCACUGUGCCGUGACCGAGACUACGAGUCGUGGGUGAGGCUAAUGUUCACAAAAAUAUGGAGUUCCCAGAGACUCCGGAGUGCGGUGUGUGUGGGGUCGCUUUCGGUUUUUCUCGCUCUGUUGGUCAAAUGUGCAGACUGGAAAGCUGAAGCCAGCAGCAGCAGCAGCGGCGCUGACAACAGACUCUCGCAUUCAUCGUCCCCCCUUCACUUCGUUACAGGCUGCGCGGCGGAGCUGUUGCAAACUUGCUGGAGUGUGGUUUCGCCAUUGUUCACCCUCCUAUGUGCCUUCUUUUGGGUCGGUGUGUAUUUAAUCCGCUGUGGGGUUCUAAUCCAGACCGCCCUCUCCCUCCUAACUGUGUGCCACCUGGGCGAAGCAGCGGCGUGGUCUCUCCUGGACGGGACAGAUGAGCAGCUGUUUUCAUUCACGACAGCGGCCGCGGUCGUGCUCGUCUGCGUGGCCGCCGGCGCACUCAUGGUAGCACGGCUGAAUCAGGGCAUAUCUGUGAUCGUUUUCAUCAGCAUAUUCAGGACUAUUUCACUCUUCUCACUGCACAAAGUCAGGGCCACUUGGAGACCGUACGUAGCGUACCUGGUUGGAGUGCUGGGCAUCCUGCUGGCGAGGUAUGCUGACAAGCUCCUUCCCAACCAAGGGAGACACAAGGAGGGCUGCACCCCCGUGACUGGAGCCAGGGAAGAGAUCCCUGUAUUUAAAAGGCGCAGGAGGUCCAGUUCUGUGAUAGCGUCAGACAUGGCACACAGUCAGUCCAACAGUAAGUCACAUCGCCGGACCUCUCUGCCAUGCAUCCAGAGGGACCAGAUGCUCCCCCGCUCAGAAUGGGACCACAAGAGAGGCUCCCGAGGAUCACAGUCAUCAGGCACCACUGUCAUGGUGGACAUAGCAGUGAUGGGAGAAGCUCACGGACUAAUCACAGACCUGCUGGCUGACCCCUCUCUGCCCCCCAACACCUGCACCUCACUGCGGGCUGUCAGCAACCUGCUAACCACCCAGCUCACCUUCCAGCCACUGCACCGGCCACGCCCUGCUCCCCUGCUUAACCCCAGUGAUGCCUACACCUGCUCCGACUCAGAAGAGGGACCCGAGAAAGGAGAGAAGACAUCCAUUCAUAAGCGUCUGAGGCGGAGUCUCCACCCUGGUCUUCUGAGGAGGAUCUCUUCCACGUGGACCACCACCACCUCCGCCACAGGCCUGCCCACCAUCGAGCCCGGGCCGGUUCGAAGGGACCGCAGCGCCAGCAUCAAACCUUACCAUGAAACCCUCACCUGCAGCUGUGGGAGACCAUACAUCAGACUGAGCCAUGGGGAGGGCUCUAUAGACAAAGGAGACAGGAUACCACGCUCAGCAGAGGACCAAGUGGUUGUGUCAUCAGACUAUGACAGCACCCACGAAGCCAACCACAGUGACAGCAGUGAUGUAGCACAUACAGAGGAGGACACAGAGGAAGGAAAAAACUCCGCCCAGAAUGUCAUCCUCCACCCACUAAUACCUCCUGAGGACAAACCAAUUCUGGCUCCAGAGCCGUUAAUUAUGGAGGACUUAGAGCCUCUGAUGAGUCAGCUAAACAAUUGGAACUUCCCCAUCUUCAGCUUGAUGGAGAAGACCAAUGGGAAAUGUGGGCGGAUCCUCAGUCAGGUCUCCUACAGGCUCUUUGAAGACACUGGCCUGUUUGAGACCUUUAAGAUCCCUGUAAAAGAAUUCAUGAACUACUUCCAUGCCCUUGAGAAUGGUUACAGAGACAUACCAUAUCACAACAGGGUCCAUGCCACAGAUGUGCUUCAUGCAGUCUGGUACCUCACCACACAGGCUGUGCCUGGUCUGCCCAGUCUCAUUACUGACCACAGUUCUGCCAGUGAUUCUGACUCCGAUAGCGGAAUAACACACAGUCAUAUGGGCUUCCUGGUUUCAAAGACCUACACUGUGUCAGAAGAUGGUUAUGGCUGUCUGUCAGGCCUCAUACCUGCUCUGGAGCUUAUGGCCCUUUACGUGGCUGCAGCAAUGCACGACUACGACCACCCCGGGCGGACCAACGCUUUCCUUGUGGCCACCAGUGCCCCACAGGCAGUGCUCUACAAUGAUCGAUCCGUUCUGGAAAACCACCAUGCUGCCUCAGCCUGGAACCUCUUCAUGUCACGGCCAGAGUACAACUUCCUCGUCAACCUGGACCAUGUGGAGUUCAAGCGUUUCCGUUUCCUGGUCAUUGAGGCUAUACUGGCCACUGAUCUCAAGAAGCACUUUGACUUCCUAGCUGAGUUCAAUGCCAAGGUGGGUGACGAUCCAUCUACGGGUAUCGAUUGGUCCAAUGAGAAUGACAGGUUGCUGGUCUGCCAGAUGUGCAUUAAACUGGCUGACAUCAAUGGGCCUCUGAAGUGCAAGGACCUGCAUCUGCAGUGGACAGAGGGCAUUGUCAACGAGUUCUAUGAACAGGGCGAUGAGGAGUCCAGCCUGGGCCUUCCUAUCAGCCCCUUCAUGGACCGAGCCGCACCACAGUUGGCCAAACUCCAGGAAUCGUUCAUCACACACAUCGUGGGACCGCUGUGCAACUCCUACGACUCAGCCAGCCUCAUACCUGGACGAUGGGUGGAACCCAACCCAGACGCAGAGGAGUCAGAGAUCAUAGAGAAUGAGGAGGAGGAUGAGGAGGAUACUGCAGAAGAGGACACGUCCACCAGCUCAGAAGCAUCACAGAAAGCAGCUCCCAAGAAGAGGAGGAAAGUCUUCUGUCAGAUCACCCAGCACCUGCUGGAAAACCAUGAAAUGUGGAAGAAGGUGAUUGCAGAGGAGACCCAGAAACAGGGCCAAGGAGCAGAGUCUGUCCAUUUAAACAAUGUAGCUGAGCCGAUUCUGGCUAUUCACGAGGAAGAAGAGGAGCCUGGCAGCAGAGAGGAGCUGGUAGAAGGAGAGGAUCCAGAGGAGGGGGUGGAGGAACCAGAGUGGCCCAUGUCUCCGCAGGAAGACUCUAAACCUCCCGAGGGACUAGAGGAGGGGGACCCACAGUGAAACAGCCCAUGGGAAAUAUGGCGUCAGUCAGGGCAAGGACAUGAAAAAGUAUUUCUUUGUUUCUUAUCCUAUCAACUGACUCCUGUUUUUGCCAGCACAUCACUUAGACACAACACUGUAGAUGUUUGGGAAAUGUGUGCCUAUACAGAAAAAAAAAUUUGUGCUUUACACAUUUUAUCUGAAUAUCUGGUUUCACCAAACAUUUAAAGGAGCUUUCCAUAUUGCAAUACGGGAUUAUUCGUGUACUUUGGGAUACAGACUCUUUUGCUACUGUCAAGAGACGAGGAAGACUGGUUGGACAGACCUCAACCCAUUGUGGUAACACAGGACUGCAGAAAUUUGCUGCCAAUUUAUACAUAAUUAUUUUCAGAAUGCAAUUAUAUAUAGACAUCACAGUUACUUGUACUUGUGUUUCAAUUUUAGCAAGAGUUUUUGAGGUCUCACGAGGGUCAUAUGUUUUUUUCUAUAUAUGGAUAAAGGGAGUCAAUCAAAUGAGGAACAUUGGUGUAUCUUUCUUCCUUUCAACUUCUGCCAAAAUUAAUUUCUCACCCAUGGGUUUUAGCAUAAAAACACAAAUAUUCAUACAUUAUAUAUUUUACAUUUGUUGCCAAAUUAAGUAGUGUAUUAGUUUAAGAGGGGAGACUUGAGGCUCCUCACACUCUGUAUGUGUGUGCGUGGCUGUCCGGUUCUGUGUUUAAACUAAUGUGCUCAUAUGCACAAUUCUUCUGCAGAGGACAUAGAUAAAGUCAGCAGAUUACCUCUUACAGUAUUUGUGCCAUCUCUAGUCUCCAGUCCCAAGGUAAAUGCAGCAGUCAUUGAAGGCUACACUGUCCCAAAUGCUGCAGUCCAGAGGUCUGCGCUGACAAAGCAACAGUGAGUUGUUGUUGGAAAUGAAUCUGUGCUGAAAAAAUACAAAAAAGGGAAACAACACAAGAGGUAAAUAUACAUUCAUAAGACAUUAUAUACAACCAGAAAGUUUUAUCUAUUAAACAAACCCUGAUCUAAAUAGAUUAAAUGUUUAAUGUCUAUCAAUUUUUGAUUCUUGGACCAUGUAUCUGAGCUCAGUGUGCUGUAUUAUACUUUAUACUUACUGGUCCUCACUAUGUAAACACCUGCAAAUGAUGCUGACCUUUAACCCUCAGGAAACCCUCAACUGUUGAAAUUCAAAGUAAACGUGUAUCACCUGUGAGGACAGUAAGUUAAAAACAUGGAGGCAUGGUAAGCUACUUUAGAAUAUGUUCAUAAAAGGCUUAGAACAAGGCUGGAGUUUAUGUCACCACACCCACUUUUCUGCUUUGACCGUUAUAACAUCUUUGCAGAUAAACAAUGAAUCUGUCUGAAUUCCUCUCCUGGCACUCUGAGAUAUUCAUUCUCUUAAGAGUUAAGAGCAGACAGUACUUCAGAGUGCUUCGUAUGAUGAUACACAAGGCAAUUAUUCUGGUGAAUUAAAAAAAAAAAUGUAGUUUGAAAUCUUGUCAAGGUUGAUAAGAGAACAAACUACGCUAGCAAGUUUUCAACAUCAGCUAAUCAUAUGUCAGGUGGCCCGUCCUCGCAACAGCGGUAGUGCAAGGUGAUGGCAGUCAAAACAAGUAGAAAAGUUAUUCAGCUCUGGCCAAGAUAACAGUGAUGGUUAGUGUAUGUGUUAUUUUAUCAAUUUUAAACUUUAAAAUCCCAUAACCCAGUGUUUUGUUGCUCAUGCUCAGUCCGUGUUUUUCAUCACAAUGGCUCAAAUAUUUUGUGUACCAUCACAUUUUUAUGGUGGAAAAUAACUGCAAUAGUAGCACAAUGUGAUUAUAGUUUCACACUGUCUCUCUGGUUUAUUGUUUCAUAACAACUAUCCAACAUUUUUUUUAAAGCUAGUGAGUUAGUUUUAGUCACCGCAGGCAUUUAACUGUUGAAAUCAAUGAUGUUAAACAUCAAAGAGAAACUGCAUUCUAAUAAUUUUCAAGAGACAUUAAAAACACUUCUAAAAUAUGACAUGUUCAUGUGAUGUGAGUAAAUGUGACUUGACAUAAUAGCAUUGAUCUACAUAACAUGAUGAUAGUGUAAAGGUGACAAACUCUAAAAUGUUGUACUAUAAAACUCAAAGUCACAUGAUAGCUCCCACUUUCAAAUGAGACAAAGUCGUGGGGUAAACCAGUUGCAUAUCCAACUGUACGGUGGCUCAAGUAGGACUCACAAUGUCACAGAUAUAUCCCACUUUCUGUUAACAAUUCACAUUAACAUAGAAAAAGUGUAUGAGAAACCAUAAGUAGAUUGUGAGUUUAAUCAGUGAUGUGCUCUACACUGAGCUGUCGAGUCAACUUACUGUCACAUAAAAGUGCAAUGAGGCAAUAUGAAAUGAAUUAUCCACUGCUAAUCUUGUUGAGUUCUCAUGACCUACAUGCACAUCUGAAUCUCAUAUGGGUUGGUAUCUCAUUCUACACCACUACUCUCUUCCACAAUCUUAUUUCUUUAAACUGAUCUUAAAAAGGCAGAACAGCACACAACAACCCAUAAAUAGGAUAUGAUAGAGCUUUGCUGUGAUUGAAAUUACAUUGUAAGAUACAUGUGUAGAACAUCAUGUCUUUGAAUCCUUGCUGAUCCUGCAUUAACAAACUCUAUUACCACACAAUGUUCCUGUCUGCAGUGAAUAGCACACUACAUCCAUAAUGACCUGUUUACUGCUGCCCUGACUCUGCUACAGUCUUUGUUAGAGGGAGAGGAUGAGCUCAGCCUACUGUAGCUUAGGCCACACGAGUUUAAGGUAAUUGGUUGACCCACUGAUUGGAAAGACAUUAGACUCAUUAACCCAAACCAUAUGUCAGACCAGAAUUGUUGUAAGCCACUGAAUCAGAACAACCUUAAUUAUUCUGGCCUCUAAUGAUCAUGCAUUGCCUCACCCAUUGUAUCUUAUACACAGCGUGUCUGCUGCUUUCUGUAUGUUGCCCACACUUCAGGCCUAAUGAGCUAUAAUUAUGGGCACAAUGGAUACAUUUUCUUCAGCUUUUGACAAGCCUGAUACAAUAUCACCAAUGUUUUAUAUAGAAAAUCUACUGGAUUUAUCAUAGACAUCUCUACUGAAGUGGCCCGGAAUUAGAAAAAAAACCCAACACUUUUUCUUUGAAUCAUUCA